CCAGUCUGGCUAGUCCCGUGUAGCGCGCCCAUUUCGAGCCCAAGUUUCCAGCUCGGGUUUCCGGGCUCAGAAUUUUCCAGGAGUGGGUUCUUGGGCAGUGGCUGUCGGAGCAGGAAUGGCGCAGCUAGAGGGUUACUAUUUCUCGGCCGCCUUGAGCUGUACCUUUUUAGUGUCCUGCCUCCUCUUCUCCGCCUUCAGCCGGGCGCUGCGAGAGCCCUACAUGGACGAGAUCUUCCACCUGCCUCAGGCGCAGCGCUACUGUGAGGGCCAUUUCUCCCUUUCCCAGUGGGAUCCCAUGAUUACUACAUUACCUGGCUUGUACCUGGUGUCAGUUGGAGUGGUCAAACCUGCCAUUUGGAUCUUUGGAUGGUCUGAACAUGUUGUCUGCUCCAUGGGGAUGCUCAGAUUUGUUAAUCUUCUCUUCAGUGUUGGUAACUUCUAUUUACUAUAUUUGCUUUUCCGCAAGGUACAACCCAGAAACAAGUUAUAUCGAUAAAUUCUUCGGGCAGUCAGUUCCAAAGUUGCUCUCUGAAGAUGUUGGAGCUCUGAGUCACUGAAGUUUAGCUUGAAUUUAAUGUUUGAUGUCAUACUGAUGCUUUUUAAAUUGUGGACCAUCAUACCUAAAUUUUUACCUAGAUCUCUCCAAAUCUAGCAUAUCAAGUAAUAUUAAAAAGCUAGCAUUUAUUUUGUUCUCAUUUGUUUUCAUUAAUUAUAUUGCUUGGUGUGAUUGUGAUUUUUUGCUGUUUUUUUUUUUUUUGGCUGAUAUCAAGGAAGGAAUGCUUUUUUAUCCACAUAAAUAAGCAAGACCAUUAUUGGAUGCCAUCUACCCACAGUACUGUCUGACCCUGAAAACAAAUACAGUCAACUCACUUAUCUGUGGCUGACAGUGUUCAUUUAUGUUAUCUACCUUGCCAAUUAAAAAUAGAGAAAUCUUAUACAUAAUGAAAUAGUUCUUGUGCUUCUCAAAAACAUGACUUAAUUUGCACUGAUUUACUCAUAUAUGAUUUGGUAUAGCAAAUCAUUUGCUUAUCCUUACUAAGCAAUUCUAUAGAAUUUUACAUUCAAAAUCAGUACCUUGUUUUUGCUCUUAUAUAACACAACAUAAAGUGAAUAUCAACAAAUUUAUAAUUACAAACCGAAUAGCAAUAAUCAUUAUAGUUUAAACAACUAUUUACAACUAGUACAAUUUUUAUACAAAUAUUAUAUUGUAUAAAUAAAUAAAACAACAACUAUUUAUUUAGCUCAUAGCCCUGUUGGUCAGAAAUUUGGACUGGGCUGAACUGCAUGAUUUUCUACUGGUCUCAGUUACACCUACAAGCUCAGCUAAACCAUUUUGCAUGUCAAAACAAAAGAGUGUGACCACCUAUCGACUGGGGUUGUUGGGAAGCCUGGACUAUAUGUGUCCACCUUGCUAGCCUGGAAAUUUUAACAUGGUGGCCUUGUCAGGGGUCCCAAGAGGAUCAAGAAAGGGCAAACCACAAUAUACAAGUAGUUUUCAAGUUGCUGCUUGUUUUAUGUUUGCCACUCUUUUGUUGGACAAAGUAAAUCACAUAGCCAAGUCCAGUCACCAUGGAAGGGUACCACCAAAGGGCUUGGAUGAAGAGGGAAGAAUCUGUAGCUGCUUUUUAAGUCAGCCACAGAUGGACUUUGGGGAAACUGAUUCACGGAUUCCUACUUUGCUGUUUUUUUAAAACUAUUCAUUUAUUGUAAUUAGAAUUGACAUUAGACAGCAGUUGGUAGCUUAGACAGCAGGCAUUUCUGCUCUCUUAUGCUGCCGCAUUGUGAGAACUGGACAUUUAGUUCACCUUCAUGAUGUUAUAUACUUUAUAAUAUGUGAAUUUACUCAUUCUCAACUUUUCCUUAUUAGUUCAUGUACUAUUUUUUUGGUUCAUCAGUUGAGAACUCUGAUACUUUUAGGCAUUGGCCUCAGAUGUGCUAUGUAUCAUUAAAUUAUGUGAUUCAAAGUCCUGCAAGAAUAAAAGAAUAAUCUCAGCCAUAAGUCUUGAACUUUGUUAUAAAAGAGUAGAUUGCAACGGUCACCAGAAACUUAAAUUUUCCUCUUAGGUCAUUUUAAAUGAUUAACAUGCCGAACUUCAUAGUAAAUAGUUGGUUUUAUGUAUAAGUAAGAAUCCAAAAUAGUCCCUGUGUGGGUCUACCUUUAUUUAAAUGAUUUUUCUGUGUUCUGAAUAUUGUGGAGUCUCCUAUAUGGAAUUAUUGUUAGAAUUCUGAAGUCCCACUUUGGGGAAAAAGUUAUUCAUCCCAGAGCCACAGACAACCUGUUGCUUUUUCUAUGAUUUCUUCCCUUCCUACUUCACUUUCCUGAGUUCAUCCUCUGCCAUCUUUCUGUCCCUCCCCGUGUCAAAGGUCCUGAGGAAAGGGCCUGGUGAAAUGGACUCUGGAGUUAGACUGAGGUCCAACAGCCUGACAAACCUUAAGUAAGUGUGUGAUCUUUCUGCCUGUUUCAUCCAGGUGUCAGUAACUUAGUCCCAUGUUCCAGUGAUGACCUGUUACUUCUAAGUAACAGAAAAAUAACCCCAACAUAAGUACAAACAAAAUAAAAUGAAAAGGAAUUUACUGGGGAAUCAGAGAAACAGCUGCAAAGUUCUAAGCCCUUCCUAGCACCUCAGGGCUAGAACUGGCCCUCAGAAUGUUUUUCCUUGUCUUUAUUUCUCUGCCUGUUGGCUUUUCCUCUCCUACUACAGGCAGAUUCUUCCAUUCAGUCAGAAAUAAUGACCAACAGGAUCCCUAUGCUCAUAUCAUCUUAGCAGUCAUUAAGGAAAGAAGGAUUAGGACUGAGUUUCUUUCUUUCAUUACCUUUGAUUACUCUGGUUGCAGAGCCAAAAAAGCCUUUGUCAUCAUUAAAUACAAGUGAAAUACUAUUGAAUUUUACUACAUGGCAGAUGUUGUUCUGUGAGGUUUCCAUGAUUAAGUUAAUUUAAUCCUCACAGGAACUAUUACAGAUAAUCAUAUAAAGUAGGUAUAAUUCCAUAUUAUACCCAUUUUACCGAUGAAGAUAUUGAAGAACUAAAUAAUGAAAUAACUUUUCCAGUCACACAGCUAGUAAAUGGCAGAGCCAGGAUUCAGUAUAAGGAAAUCUACGCCAGGGACAAUGCACUUGUGAACCUGCCAUGGUUUGGAGGUUUCCUAAGUUUCUACAUAGGCCCCUCCCAGGAAGUGGCAAUUCAUGUUCUAAAACAGUUUUUAAAAACUAAAACCUAAUCCUCUUUGAAAAGAGUAAAUUUGAAAUACAUUCAUAGGUACACUUUUGACAGUGUGCAAUUCAGGACUCAGAGUUGGAAAACAACCUCAGGUUUAUUUGGAUAGCUGGAAAAAUUAAAGGACGAAAUGUAAUUUUGGCUGGAGAGUAAAUGAUCACGUAAACCAAAGACCUGUCCAAAAAAUUUUAUAUUGGAUUCAUUCCACCUUCAUUAUGAUUAGCCAUGUUUGAAGUUUGCAUUAUUUCUUGUUCUUUAUGUGGGCAUUAGUUAUCUACUUUAUAAAGAAUAUGUUACUGUAAUUUUUAAAAGAAGUACCACAAAUACUUUGUACUAUUGGAUGUAAAUAAAACACUUAUAUGCAUUGAAAUGACUUAUAGUAAUUUAUAAAUUAAAGUUUCUUACUGUAGGACAAAUU